CUGAUUUCUUCUGCUGUGUCGCUUGACGAUGACGUAGCAGCUAACAGGUAGACAUGCAUGCGAGUUGUUUUUAAACGUUCUCCCAAUACAUGCAUGGUGUUAAACCGGAGAGAAGACUAAAACAAAGCGUCCGCGGGGGGAAGCUGCAGGGAUGCACGUGUCGGUGCGGGAAGUCCACGUCUCCUCGGAGCCGGACUCCUCCUUCUUCCUGCGGGUGGACUGGAAGGGGCGGGGCUUAGGUUCGGGCUUCCAGGUGCUGCUGACUGACGGACAGGACGCUUGGAGAGGAGACGUGAGCGAGGCCGCAGUGCGCCAGGAGGCGGAGGAGCUGGAGAUGCAGCCCGAGAGGUACAUCCUGGACCUGGAGCAGGCGCUCACCGAGACCCAAAGCUCCGUCACGCACAGCUUCACGCUGACGCCGUCUCCACCCGACCGCCGCGCCGCGCUCACACUGGCCUACGAGAAGGUUCAGAAGGACAUCUCUUUCCGGUUGGGUUCUGUUCUGCUGAAGGCCGUCCCGGAGCCGGCGGAGGCAGUGAGAGAGUUCCUGAUCCACAGCCUGCAGCGGGGAAACAAACUGGAGCGACUUAACCAAAAACUGGACGAAGAGAACCAAAGACUGAGACAAGAACAGCAACGCAUCACUGCAGAAUUGAAGCGUUACGCCGAGGGUAAAGAAACCCUGGAAACAGAGCUGUACUCUCGGUUUGUUUUGGUCCUGAACGAGAAGAAAGCUAAGAUCCGAAGUCUACAGGAAGCUGUCACACACCUGCAGGAAACCAGUUCUGAGGGACAGAAAAAGGAUGAUUCAGUAAAAUCGGACCGGGCGGGCGGUCAGGUAGAGGAUGACUAUGCAGGAAGUACCGAUGAGGAGCCAGAGGAAGUGAAGUCGACUGCAGCAGCCUCCACGUCAUCGACCCAGGGACGCUCUUCUGCAAGCCCAUUGGACGACAGCCUCAAGGAUAUCCCAGACGUGGCCCCCUGUCGCAAGCGGCGCUUCCGCCAGCUCGAGGCGCCGGACGCCGAGCAACAGAGCUCCCAGAGAAAGAGUGUGUGUGUCAGUCACAGGACCAACCCCCAAGGAGGAUCCAGUAAGCAGCAGAUUCCCCCGCAGCGCUCUACAGAUGCUGUGGCACAAAAUGCCAACGUUGAGGAUCUGUUUGACGACUUUUGACUGGACUGUACAGAGAGAGAGAGAGAGUGUGUUUAUUGGUUGGUAAAUGUUUCAUAUUUUUAUACAGAUUAUAUAUAAUGGUCAUGGAUUGCAGUGGAAUUGUUAAUUUAAUUGUUACUGUAACAACGUACAGAUGGGUGACAAAUGGAGGGGAAAAAAACACAGUGUCUCAAUGGGAUGUUGCUCCAGCCUCCACAACAGUUUCACUUUCUUUUUGUAGAAAGUGAAACUUUACUGAAGGAAAAUCAUUCUUCCAAAAAUAUUCCCUCAUUUUGUGUUUUGAUGGGUGUUCAACCACUUCAAGAAUACCUAAACUCGAGAACAACCUAAGGAUCCUAAAGUAUCUAAAUAACUUUAAAACACACUAGAGGAUAGCUAGAACCAACUAAAUUAACUUUAAAACACCCUCAACUAUUGGUAGCUCCACCUAAAUGAAGUUUAAAACACCCUGAACGAUAGGUAGAACCACCUAAAUGAACUUUAAAACACCCUGAACGAUAGGUAGAACCACCUAAAUGAACUUUAAAACACACUAAAGGAUGACUAGGUCCACCUAAAUUAACUUUUAAACAUCCUACAGGAUAGCUAGAACCACCUAAAUGAAUUUUAAUACACCCUAGAGGAUCGCUAAAACCACCUAAAUGAACUUUAAAACACCCUAAAGGAUAGCAGGAUCCACCCAAAUGAACUUUAAAACAAUUAAUGAUAGCUAGAACCACCUAGAGAUCCAUUGACACCAUUCAAAAUGAUCUCUGGAACCAUUUAAAGAUCCUAAAAGAUCACUAGAAUGAACCAAAUAAACCUUUUUAACAUUUUAAUGGUUGCUCAAAACUACAUAAAUGAGCCCUUGUACCUCCUAAGGGACUAUUGAACAAUCUAAUGCAGGGGUCUUCAACGUUUUAGGCCAAGGACCCCUCAGCUGAAAAAGAGACGGAGCAGGGACCCUUUACUAAAUAUAAUGUAUAACAUUGAGUUGCAUAUUAAACUGGACCUACAAUAACGUGUAGGGUGGCCUAGAGUUUAUAUGCCUUUUUAUGGUGCAUACAAUACUAAGCAAUUAACAUAAUUGCCGAAAUAGUCAUAUAUUCAUACAUCAUGUUUUAAUGUUAAAAGGUUGAACAGUGAAUCAUUGAGCUUAACUAUCUGAGGAUGGCUACCUUUAUCUACAGGCCAGUAAGCCUAUCAUGAAUGUUGUGUAAAUUAAUAAAAAGAUUUAGCUUUGCAAAUAUGUUGGAUUCAUGUUAAUGUAUAUUUUCAUAUAACAAUGAUUUGGUGGCCCCCCUGCAGCAACUCUGAGGACCCCCUGUUGAAGAUCUCUGAUCUAAUGGAUUGCUAGAACCAACCUAAGAGCCUAAAGGAAUACUAGGACCAUCUAAAGAACCCCUACAAGAACAUACAGUAUUUUAUUGCUAUAACCAUCUAAAUUAAUCCUAGAAUCUCGUAAAGGAUUGCAGCAACCACCUAAAGAUCCUAAAGCCCAGUUCAGACUGAAGAUUUGCAAUGAGACAAAACCUUUGUAGAACAGGUGAAUGAAGUUCAUGAGCGGUUCUGCUUAUGGGUUGCUGUCAGAGGAAAGCAGUUCCCAACUCUACAGGGUAACAAGAUAAAUCUAAAGCCCAGUUCGGACCUGAGAUACGAGAUACGAGACAAUACCGCUUUAGAGCGUCCCAGGGAAAAGUUUCAGCUGCGACUCAUCUGUUCGACUCUCCAGAGGCUGGUUUUACAACGUAAGAGACGUCACCUGUAUCAACAGCCGAUAGACAAGUCAGCAGGUAAAGUCAGCUGCAAACUAAAUGAAAUGGCUGCCGAAAUAGCAGAAUUUUCAACAUGACAUCAUGACUUCCAUCAUGACUUCCUAAAGCCAAGUGCCGUGUUAUCUGUACGCAUUUUGAGCGCCCUAUACAGCGGCCGGGUUGGGUUUAGGAAAAGAAGAAAGGGACACUUGGUGUGUUUCUCCACACAUUUAAUCAGGUUUUCUUUUUCUUAAACUUGUCACCUGUCUGUAGUUCUGCAGCAUCAUGUUGUAUUUUAAAAACUGGGAAGGACUUUUACCUUUUUUUUUUUUUUAAAUGUGCUUCAUGAACUGGUAAUUAAUUGUGAUUACUAUGAUUUUACAAACUUGUCAUUUUAACAUUUGUACCAAUAAACAGUGUGAACGUGUUA